CUAAAGCAAGCUGUGCUAUUAAGGAAGUUGCCUCAAAAUUGAGGAAAAAUUAACCGCUAAUUUUCCUUUUCAACUGUUGCUGUCAAAUUAACAACAAAUUCGGGCAACAAAUUUUGGUAAUUUCAAUUGUCAAAUUACUGUUAAUUUCAAGCUAAAGUGAUUACUAGGGUAUAGAAACUGGAUGCAACCGUUUUACACUGCAAUGUUUACACGGGUGAGAACAGGAAAGUUAUUAGUAGUCUCUUUGUUAAAAUUGAACUUGGAGGUUUGUAAACAUUGAAUAAAGUUAAUCAUUGAAAUCAACAAUGUUCUGUUAACUUUCUGCUAUGUAACUUCAAAAACAACAAAUAAGCCCAGAAGUAUGAGUGUGAAUAUAGCAGACGUGAGACAAUAUAUAAAUUUUAAAUUGUUCAUCUAGUGUGAUUGACGGAAAUCAUUAGACUUACAUCAAAAUAUUGUUAAUGGAAGACGGGAAAAGAACUUGAGCAAUAACCAUAUUUUCAUAGAUAAUUCGUAAAUAAGUUGAACUCUUAGCAUGUAAUAAUGAUUGGUAAAAUUUAGAUUUUUUAUUUAGUCACUGAGCUAUCAUACAAGAGAUAAAAAAAAAUUUGUGAAAGAAAAAGAGAUAUAAAAAAUAAAUUUACAAUGUCUCCUGAACCAACACAACAACCAAUGAAUCAAGAUUUUGUAACUGAGAAUUUAUUGAUUGAUACGGUUACCGGAAAUCAUGAUUCAGAUAGUGAUGAUGAAGAAAUCGAAACAGCAGGUUAUUUACCACUUUCUCAAGUGCCAACAGAUAGCGAUAUGAUUAUUGAUCUUUAUGAUAAUGAAAAUGAGGACAAUGAUUCGAUUCCGUCAAUAAUUGAUUCUGCUACUAUUUUAUUCUCUAUGUCCGAACCAAUAUCUCAACCUUCCUCAGAAACUCUUCACCUUUGGAGUUCAGAAUUAAAUAAUAAAUCCAAUAUUCAUCUCGAUGCUGUAAAAAUUAAUGAAGUGAAAUCAGUGAUGGCAAAUUUUACUUUACCCGAAACAGCGAUUCCAGAAUGGGCAAACACAGUUUCAGAAGAAGAAUGGAAAAAUCAACUCGUAAAUAGGAUAAAAGAAAUACAAGAAAAAUGAUUUUAAUCUGCACAAAGAUAUUUUAUUGAUAUUGUUAACUUAAAAAUAAAAACUCAUUAAAUUUUU